AACCGCUCUCUCUCUCUCUCUCUCUCUCUCUCUCUCUCUCUCCCCUCUCCUUUCUCUCUCUAAACUCUCUUCUUUAUCUCAACAUACAAACUUGUCUUCCCCGGCGAAAAGUGAGAUAUACGGAGCCCAGAAAAUCUUCAGAAAAGUGAGAUAUACGGAGCCCUCGCUCUGUGGAGCGGUGUGUUCGAUCAAUGGUGGAUGUAGGCAAACGGAGGAAAAGAGAAACGGAGAUGGACGUGGGACCGGAGAGAUCGAGGCCUCUGCACAAUUUCCAGUUGCCGCGUCUGAAGUGGGGGAACCAGAGAGUCCUGAGGUGCAUGAUCGUGCAGGGUCCCCGCGGUGGCGGCGUCUCCUCCGAUCGCGCUGCUGGGUGUUACUCGGCUGCGGGUAGAGCGGAGAGAGGCUUGAUCGGGCGGCGGGGUGAGAAAAAGGAGAGUCUUGAGAGGUCGCCGGAGGAAAAGGCGAGUGGCGGUUGGGGGAAAUCGAGGGCUGCGGCGGCGUCGGAGGGGGACGGGAUAGAGGCGGUUAGGGAGAAGCUGAUGUUCGAUCUCCAGGCGGCGGCUGACAGGAUGAAAGACGCUAUAUUGAGAGAAGGUAUGGAGGAGGAGGAACCGAUUCCGGCGGCGACGGUGCCGGAGGUAGUGGCGGAGGGCGAUGGCGAUGCGAAGCCGUGGAAUUUGAGGACUAGACGAGCUGGGUGUAAGGCGCCGAACGGAAUAAACGGUGCUGCUGGCGGCGGCGUAAGCGGUGGCUGCGGCGGUGGUGUUAAUGGCGGCGUGGGGAAGGGGUUGAGAGUUGGUGAGCGGAAGGAAGCUAAUUUCUCCCCUCUGAGGCACGAAAGCGAAUCUCCGAAGUUGGCCGGAGAUUUCGACGGCGAGAAGAGGGAAAGGUCGAGAUUUUCAGUUUCACUUUCGCGGCGAGAGAUUGAGGAGGAUUUUAGGGCCUUGACUGGAAAUAGGCCCCCUCGGAGGCCCAAGAAACGGCCCAAGAUUGUCCAGAAAGAACUCGAUAUUCUUUUUCCGGGUUUGUGGUUGACGGAAGUUACGGCCGACAUGUACAAAGUUCCCGAUGCUCCAGAGCCUUGAAAACAAUUGGUGGAGUUGUUGCUGUGUGUGGAUGUUAGAAGGUUUAUCUGCUUGCUGACCUGCUGGUGUAAUGGGACCUCAUAUUGGUGGUAUACAGUACGGGCACCCUCUUUGCCGAUUGGGAAUUCGAUGGAAGCAUCGAAUUCCCUGGUAAGAUAUGGCGUAAGCGUUACUUGACUUACGAGAUUAAACUUGUUCAUUACUAGUAUAGUCAUAUUUCUUUAAGUUGAUUGGAAUAAACUUGUAUAGAGAACAAGUGGAAGGAUGUUGUUAAGAGAAGCAAAUGUCUUUCUAUACUAUUGAGCUUGUUCUUGUCACUACGCUAUCACAUUGUUGUUCACGUGCAAGCAUGGGGAAGUGUCAAAUUGUGUAAUGUAGUUUAGCUUCUAUUUACCUAUUCAAAUGUCAUCUGUUUUUUUGUUUC